UCUCACAAGGUUUUCACAACAACCUUGUUUUGAGUUACGGUAAGCUUAGCUUAUUGUGAAAAUAUUAUGAGAUUUUGUCGCGAUUAUAGAAAAAGUCUUUGCCAAAUAAAGGAAUUUAUCAAGCAAGGCCAACUAACUGUUUAUGAACUCUAUGUUGCCUCAUGGGCCAGGCUUAGAAUUGCGGUCUGAAUAAUAAGGCGGAUGAGAGGCAACAAACUGAGCUUCAUAAUAAUGAAGUCCAAGGCAUGAUCGGCUGAGGACCCAAGCUACACAAUUACUUGGGACAGGCCUAGAAUUUUCUUUCUGCCAGCUUCGGUCUGGAUUGGAAUCCUCAUCCCUUAUUCAAGGUUAAUUUUUUGUCAAAAGCCGAAAGGAUAGAGGAAUCUUUAAUUUAAUCCAAUUCCCGUUGGUCAAGAGCUGGGAAUCAAUGGACCUUCUUUCUUCUAUUCUUGUCGUUACAAAUUUACUCUUUUUCUGGUUUUCAAUCUCCUAUGGAGUACUAGACAGCAUAACUCCAUCCCAGCGUUUAAGUGAUGGUGACACCAUAGUGUCCAGAGAAGGAAACUUUGUACUGGGUUUCUUCAGUCCUGGAAGUUCCAAGAAUCGUUACUUGGGAAUUUGGUACAAGAGCAUCCCAGUUCAAACUGUUGUUUGGGUUGCAAACAGAGUUCGCCCAAUCAACGAUACUUCUGGGAUUUUGAUGAUAAACAGCACUGGAAAUCUUAACGUCAUCCAGAAUAAUUCGGUUGUUUGGUCAGCAAGCACUUUGAAAGAAGCUCAGAGUCCAUUGUUACAACUCCUGGAUACAGGGAAUCUUGUGGUAACAGAUGGCAAUUCAGAAGAUUAUUUGUGGCAAAGCUUUGACUAUCCAUCUGAUACAAUUUUACCAGGGAUGAAAUUCGGUUGGGAUUUGAAGAGAGGUCUGAACAGGCGCUUAAUUGCAUGGAAGAACUGGGAUGACCCAUCUCCUGUGAACUUUAUCUUUGAGGUUACACUUCAUAACUACCCAGAAGCUUAUUUGCGGCGAGGCUCAACAAUAUACUUCCGUUCUGGGCCUUGGAAUGGCUAUGGCUUCAGUGGUUCACCUGGACUAAAGCCAAAUCCGGUGUUUGCCUUCAAAUUUGUGUUCAAUCAAGAUGAGGCCUACUUCAUCUUUACCCUGAAAUUGUCACUCUACUCAAGAGCACUUCCCAACCAAACUAACUCUAUGUUUCAACGCUUCACAUGGACAGAACAAAGUUGGCAGCUUUUUAUAUCUCUGCCUAUAGACUUCUGUGAUACUUAUGCCCUUUGUGGAGCCAAUGCAAGAUGUCUUAUUACCGACGUUCCAUUCUGCCAAUGUUUAAAGGGAUUCAAACCCAAGUCACAACAAAGAUGGGAUUCACUGGAUUGGUCCCAAGGAUGUGUACGCAAUAAACGAUUGAGCUGCAAGGAGAAAAGUACACAUGGGUUUCUUAAAUUUUCUGGAUUGAAACUCCCAGAUACUACACACUCAUGGCUGAACACAAAAAUGAAUCUCGAGGAAUGCAGGGAAGAAUGCUUGAAUAACUGUACUUGUAUGGCUUAUACAAACUCAGAUAUCAGAGAAGGUACUGGCUGCGCCAUCUGGUUUGGUGAUCUAGUAGAUAUUAAACAGUUUCCGGCUGGUGGACAGGAUCUAUACAUUCGGAUGCACCCUUCAGAACUGGGAUCAAUCCGCAAAUUAAACAAGAAGAAAGGGGAGGUGGUCAUCAUAACAGCAUCAAUCAUUUCUGGAUUGCUUACUUUGGGGUUGCUUUGGCGUUUAACUUGGAAGAAAACAAAUAGAAGACGUGAAAGAAAGAAAGAAGAUGUAGACGUACCAUUAUUUGAUUUCACAACGGUUGCUACAGCAACAAACAAAUUCUCUCCUGCAAAUGUGAUCGGGGCAGGUGGAUUUGGUCCUGUUUAUAAGGGACAUCUAUGUAACGGACAAGAUAUUGCAGUGAAGAGGCUAUCAAAGAAUUCAAGACAAGGUCUUGAAGAGUUCAAGAAUGAAGUUGUUCUCAUUGCCAAACUUCAACAUAAGAAUCUUGUCAAGCUUUUGGGCUAUUGUGUUCAAGGAGAGGAAAAGAUGCUAAUCUAUGAGUACAUGCCCAACAAAAGCUUGGAUUGUUUCAUUUUUGAACAAAAUGAUACUCUGUUAGCAUGGCCAAAGCGUUUUGACAUUAUUAUCGGGAUUGUGCGAGGACUUCUCUAUCUUCACCAGGACUCUAGACUUCAAGUCAUCCACAGAGAUCUAAAAGCAAGCAAUAUUUUAUUAGAUAUCAACUUAAACCCAAAAAUAUCAGAUUUUGGCUUAGCAAGAACUUUUGUAGGGGAUGAAAGUGAAGUGAAGACAGAUAGAGUUGUUGGAACAUACGGCUACAUGUCUCCUGAGUAUGCAGUUGAUGGAAGAUUUUCAGUGAAAUCUGAUGUGUUUAGCAUGGGUGUGCUUAUGUUAGAGAUAGUGAGUGCCAUGAAAAUUAGAAAAUUUUUUCACCCAAAUCACCAUCAUAACCUUUUGGGACAUGCAUGGUUACUGUGGAAGGAGGGCAAGGCCUUGGAACUAUCGUAUACAUGUUUGGAGGAUUCACAUUCAAGAUCUCAAAUCUUGAGAUGUAUUCAAGUUGGUUUGCUAUGUGUUCAAAAUUUUCCUGAAGACAGGCCAAUAAUGUCUUGUGUGAAUUCUAUGUUAACAAAUGAGGAAGCAAUUUUGCCCCAGCCUAAACAGCCUGGUUUCUUCAUAGAAAUAAGUCCCAGCAAUUCAGGUGCAAUAUUAAGAAAUGAAGAAUCUAACAUAGAGAAUGCAGUUACUAUAACUAUGCCGGAAGCUAGAUAGGAAAUUCAUAAGUAGCUUGUCUGAGAAGUUAUAUGUGAAAGUUUUUUAGUAUAUAGGGGUGCGUUUGGGAUUAGAUUGCAUCUUUUUGCUUUUAGAAGUAAAUUCUAUUAAUUGUUCAUAGUUGCUACUUGCUUGGAUGUGUAAAACUAAUGAGCUUUUCUGUAUUUUCUUUAAUGAAAUGGCUAGACCAGCCAAUUCUUAUCUAAAAUAUAAAUGAUUGAGACUCCUAAA